GGUCAGAGUCAAACGACGACCUCGCAUCUCUCGGACACCGUUUGACUGCUGCUCAUAAGCUCACUGCAAUGGCAGCUGAAUUACAGCCGUCGGAGGAGCCGGCCGCCGCCUUGUCCUCCGCCACCACCGCCACGGCCGCAGCUACUCAGCCUCAAGCUGCAGCUCAAUCCGAAGAUAGGCCGGCGCAAGAGAACGCCGUCCCUCCACCCGCCGCGCCGAAGCGCCAGCGCCGGCCCAGCGUCCGCCUGGGCGAGAUCGGAGACCACCAGCCCGCUGCGCUCGCGAACGAGUCGCAUGUCCGGCGUCCGAAGUGGAGGCUCCCCAAGGACCCCCCCAAUCGGAAGGCCCGGUCCCUCACGCACCUCGUGAACGGGAACGGCGACUCCGACUUAGAUCCCGCGCACAGGAAGCAGAAGCCCAAGCGUGGGAUCGGGAUAGGAGCAGGAUUCGGGAUAGGAACGGCCGCGAAGCGAGUGCGAUCGAGCUGGACCUCCAGGCCCGAGGAGACCGCCGAGCACAACACAAGGGAGAGAGAUUGGGAAGUCGAGGAGGAAGAGGAAGAGGAAGACGAAGAAGGAGAUAGACGGGGAAGCGGCAACGUGUACAGGGACUUCGAGCGGAGCCCGGCCCGCUCCGGAGACGACGACGCCGCAGGAACCGAUUCGUGGCAGAGGAGGGCCAACCAGGCUCCUGAGUCGGAGAACCCGGAGGGGAGGGGAGACGGGGUGAGGAGCUGGCUCAUAGAGCUGGGCCUGAGCAGGUAUGCGCCAAUCUUCGAGGUGCACGAGGUGGACGAUGAAGUGCUGCCGAUGCUGACGCUGGAGGACUUGAAGGACAUGGGGAUCAACGCGGUGGGCUCGAGGAGGAAGAUGUACUCCGCCAUUCUCAAGCUCCGCAGGGGGUUCUCGUGAGUUCCCUGAACUGAAAUUGUUGCUUCGUCUUGUCUGAUGAAUAUGAAUAGUCCAGCCCUUGUAACAUAGAAAUCUCUGAAACCUUCUCUGACUGACGAAUAAAUGGAAAUGGGAAUAGCACUUGCUGAUCUCUCUGCUUCUCUUUGUUGGCUCAGCUGAUUUGAUCAUCACCUAAUAGUUCCAGCAAAAAUCCUAUGAUAAUCGGCUCACGAGCUUUGCUUAUCAAUUGCUUUGGAUGGAGUUUGUGAUC